AUGAAUUUUUACUACACACCAGGCUCAAUCUUUGCUACCAUGGACUCGUCUUGUACCCCCUCCAAUAUGCUUGUUUAUAACAACCAUCAACUCCUCCAAACUCGUGACACGUCUCUUUUUGAGGAUUCAGAUUCAGAGUCUUCUUAUUCUGGUACUAACUUACCCUCCGUGGCAGUGGAUGUUCAUGGCAACCCCAUUGUAGGCUCGAAUGCAAUGCAACUGCAGCAACAGCAGCAGAAGCAGUAUCAACAGACCCACAAUGAUCAGCCUAUCACCUAUCAUUAUUUCUGUAAUUUCCCUACAUGCGAUUAUCACAGUGCCCGCUCUGAUCCAGUGAAGCGCCACAGAGACACACACUAUCCUGACUAUAAACCUUACAUCUGCAAUUACUGCCAAUCAAGCUCCGCGAGACGUGAUUCCACAAGAGAACACUGCUUGAAGCAACAUAAGGAUGACUCUGAAAAUGCGUUCAGAUAUGACGCCUCGAUUCCUAAGCCGGAAGGGUGGAUCGCAUCAGCAUUCCCAAAGUACCCACAUUAA